CUUUUCUAACCCUCUACUUACUUAACAAGAACCUUAAAACUACUUGGCACUUAUAAUUCUCACUCAGAUACUUAAAUUUCGGGAACAGCCAAUUUUUCAUCUAAUUCAGUACUAUUCCUGGAGAAUCGGGUUGGACUAUACUGCCGAAACAAUGGGUGCGCAAGAUCCAAACGAAGCGAGCGCAACUUCAGAAUCAGCCGGCGGCGAUACACGAGAGCAGUUAGAAACACUUAUCAAACGGGCUGCUGCGAAAGAUGCCAUGAAAGACUAUAAUGCAGCUGCUGAACUUUACUCCGAAGCUACGGAACUUCAAGCAAAAUUGAACGGCGAACUAUCACUUGAUAAUGCAGACUUGUUGUUCGCUUACGGAAAGGCUUUGUACAGUGUCGCCAUAAGCAAAAGUGAUGUCCUGGGGUCCAAAGUAGCAGGGAAGACACAAGCGUCAUCUGCAGAUGCUUCAGAACCGGCUCCGGUUUCUGAGAAUCUGAUCCAAAGUGCUGUUUCGUCCGGCAUGGUUAAGAAAGAAUCCAGAGUUGAAAAGCAACAGUCGGAGAAUACCGAAAGCAAGCCAUAUUUUCAAUUUACCGGUGACGAGAAUUUCGAUGAUUCCGAUUCAGAGGGGGAGGAGGACGAGAACAAUGCCGAGGGUGAAGGCGACGAGGAGGAUGACGACGACGACUUCGCGAACGCUUUUGAGGUUCUUGAUUUGGCUCGAAUCCUCUACCACAAGAAACUGGCCACGUUAGAAGACGGUGAUGGGAAAGGAAAAUCUACGGAUUCGGUUGCCGGCCUCAAAGACAUUAAAGAGCAUUUGGCAGAUACAUACGACCUCCAGGCCGAAAUCUCCCUGGAAGCUGAGAGAUUCACGGAUGCAGUAACAGAUUUGAGAACCGCGCUUGAACUGAGACAAUCGCUGUUUCCAAUGGAAGAUCCUUCCAUUGCUGAAUGUCACUAUAAGCUUUCGCUUGCCCUGGAGUUCGGGGCCGUCAAGCAUGAGGACGAUGACUCCAACCGCCCGGCAACGGUAGACGAGGAAAUGAGGAACGAGGCUGUUACUCAAAUGGAGAAGGCCAUUGAGAGCUGUCGGGUUAGAAUGGCCCAGGAACAGAAGAAAAUGGAUGGCGAUGGUUCUUUGGACGAGGACAAAAGAACAGCCAUGAAAAGGAAAAUAGCUAAUGUAAAGGAAAUUGUAUCAGAUAUGGAACAAAGACUUGUUGAUCUCCGGCGCCCGCCAGUUUCUGUUGAGCAAGGGACGCAUGAUGAAAGUGAAACUAUGCUAAAAGGUAUUUUGGGACAAAUUAUGGGCCAGUCUCCUAGUGAACAGCAGUCGCGGCUUGAUGCUGUCACACAGAAUGCGAAUGAUCUUUCAGCCUUCGUUAAACGGAAACCAGCUGCGAGCAAGACAUCACAGCCACCGGCAUCUGCUCCCAAACGUUCCGCACAACAAAUGGAGGAAGGUGAUUCUAAGAGAGCUCGAGUAGAUGACAAGGAUGAAUAAACAUGCAUAAUUCAUCUUCAAUCUUAUUAUACCCUUGCUAGCUAAUCCAAGUCCUAUCUUGAGAAAUAUCUAUCCUAUUAACAGGAUACCUAACGUGGCGAAGUCGUGUAAAGGGGGCUGAAGUGGGGAUGGGAUGCUUGG